AUGAUCAGUUUUAAUACUCGGAAUGAUAUCAUUCCGUAUCGUCUUUAUUCAAAUCGUGACUUUAGUUUACUGCCAAAUGAACCAAUUUCGCAGUUGUUAUCAACAACAUUUGCUACAUAUACGGGACCUGAUGUGGGUUUUAUUGAUAUUGCUCCACAUCAAAAACGUGGCAUAUUAAAAGUAGAUAAUACGAAGAAAAUUGCUGGCCACAAUAAUUGGCAAUUACCUAUUCCCCGUGCUUACGGUGUCUCAACAUCAUUAUACGAUCAAAAUCCAAUCACAAAAGAAUUGAACGGAGAGCCUAUAGCUGAUUGUUUUGCAAUAUGUGCACGAGAAAACAAUUGUAUCUUGUGUAUAGCAGAUGGUGUUAAUUGGGGUUAUAAACCUCGAUUAGCCGCGCGAUGUGCUGUCAAUGGAGCAAUGACGUAUUUAAAUCAAAAAUUGUACACAGAACAAAUUCAAACAACAGAAGAUAUAUUUACUCUAAUGAAAAAAGCCAUUGAUUCCGCUCAGAGAUUAAUUAUAGAUCGUGAAGGUUCAUUGACAACAUUGUGUAUAUCUGUUGUAUGUCAAACGCGUCACAAUUCCAAUCGAUUCUUUGUUUGCACCGUUAGUGUGGGUGAUUCAAAUUCGUAUGUAUAUAGUAAAAAACAUGGUGUUUUAGAACUGACCGAAGGUACACAUGAUAUUAACAAUGAACGAGAUAUGCGUCACACUGGUGGUGCAUUAGGUUUUGCUCUUGAUGAUAAAGCUGAUUUAUCAAAUUUAGCAUAUUCAUUAAUGGAAAUUCAACAAGGUGAUUUUGUAUAUUUAACAACAGAUGGCAUUUCAGAUAAUUACGAUCCGGUAGUAAGUGGAGUGGCAAGAAGUGCAAAAACACCAUUAUUACAGCGAAAGUCAUUCACAGAAAUUGAGACGAUUGAAAAUAAUGCGCAACUGAUGAAUGCAUAUGAAAGACAUUUAUGUCAUUUGCAUCAUAUGACACAAGCUCUUGAACGAUAUAAAACUGUAGAAGAUAAAUUGAGUGCACAAGAAUUAUGCGCUAAAUUACUACAACACACUGUCAAUUUAACUCAUGAGCAACGAACAAUAAUUGAAAAUAGUAUAAGAGAACGUGAAAAUGAACCUGAAGGGGGAAAACGCGAUCGAUUCACGUUCGAAGAAGAAGUAAAACAAAAACUUGUUAUCGUGAUUAUUAUACUCAUUAAACGUCAAAUCGCUCGAAAUAAAUCAAGAUCAAAAAGAGAGCCACACUUCUGGCAUUGUAAAUUUUUUGAAAAGUAUACGCUACCCAGACUACCCGUAAAUACUGUAGGAAAAUCGAAUCCACAAUGGUUACUGGUAGCACAUCAUGAUCUACCUGAAAUGUAUUACAAGAAAAAUGAAUGUCCACAGUAUAUCGCACGAUUUUUUACUGUUGAUCUUUUUACAUUGUUUGAAUACACAUGUAAGGACGCAUUUCCUGAUAUGGAAACUACUACACUAAGUGAAACAUAUUUAUAUGAGAAUUAUCCAUCAUUAAUCGAACUUAUUCAUGCAUUUAAAAAACUAAAAAUUCGUGCUGAAAUUGAUCUGGUGCCUUUUACAAUAGAAGACGCCAAGCAUGCCAUUGACGUAUACAACCAGAUAUUAGAAAAACUAUCAACUCUCAGCAAUAAUCCUUAUAUACGACAACGACUAAUAGACAAAUCAGCACUAGGCACUAGCGCUGUUGGAGAUUUUAACCAUAAUUCUAGUCGAUUUAUACUACUUCCAAAAGAUUUACAUAAACCAUUUAGGGGAAGUGACGAUGAUUCCAUAACAAACAUGGAGAAAAAGCUAUCACGUCCAAAAAAUAGAUUCUCUCUACAUUUACCAACAUUUCGAAAACGUCCAGCUACGACGGACCGGCAACAAACUAUAGCUAGAUUUACAGGAGGUACACAAGCAGUACACGUCACCACAACACUAUCCACAGAUACCGAAGGAUCAGAGGGCGGGAGAAUGUCUAGCAAAUUGAAUCCAAUAACUGCAUUCGAAAAUCCAAUUAUUAAGCAAGGUCGUCCCCUGUUUAAGAGACAAGGAGCUACCGAUGUUGUACCAUUAGUUGAAUUUAAUGAUACAUUAAGUCGAAGUACUACAUUUAGCUCAGAUUUAGAACCACAUUAA